UAAGAAAAACAUAUGUAAUGUUACCAGAAUAAAGUUGUAUCUAAAAAAAUUGAAUUAUUCAGACAAUAAUGAAAAAAGUUGGGAUUUUUUUCUGCUAAGUAGUCAUGUUACUCAUAAAAAGAUUCGUCAAUAGAAAAGACGUAACCAUAUUAAUAUAGACAAAAAGAGAUGUCAUUUUACAAAAGUUAAGUUGGAAUAUGCCUACAAAAAAAGAGAUGUCAUCUUACAAGGACAAAGUCAGAUUGUUUUUGACAAAAAGUUAUUCUAGGAAAAGAUUUUAAGAGUAAAGUCAUUUUCUUCUAAGAAAAAAAAGGAACUGUUACAAGAAUACAAUUGCAUUACUAUUUGACAAAAAAGACCAUCUAAGGUGAAUAAAGGCAGAUUUAAGUUUUUCAAAAAAUACAGGCGUAUUAUUAGGAGUAUUUGAAAAGCUGAUGAAUCAAAAAGUCAUCAUAUUACAAGAAAAACAGGAAGUCAAACUUAAAAAAAAAAGGCAUAAUCGUAAAACAAAUGUAAUCCUUCAAGAAUGACACACAACGGUACGUAAUAUCGGCUUUUUUUUCUUGUUCUUUAUGACUGGCCGACUCGUGAACGAUACAUUGGGAGUGGGCGGGGCUUCCGUGUACAUGAAAGAAGGAGAACAAGGCAGCUGGUAGUUGAGGUGGAAGUAACUGCUUGCGAAUGAGAGCCGCAGGCUGGCGGAGGACUCGUGCCGCCUGAGAGCGGCGGCAUCAUCACACAAAGUGGCGAAGACCACGACGAGGAGGAGGAGGAAAGGAGGGAGGGAGGAGUCGGCGCGAGGAAAGGAGGACAGAGAGCCGGGAGACGGAGGAGAGGCGAGACGUGGAGUCCGGCUCCUCUACUUGAGUGCUUAUUGGCGGGCGGCGGGCGAAGAUGAGCAGCCCGUGCCUGCUCCGGGCGGCCCCCGUCAGCCAGCCGCGACUCCGGAACGUCAGGAUCAGCCUGAAGGCCGCCUCGAAGAUCCAGGACGCCAAGGAUGCCCGCUACCCGCCGGCGGACGACGACGCCCCCGUGCGCAGCCGGAGCACCCCGCCCGUGCACCGGGCCCUCAGGAGGGCGCCCGGGGGCCGGGGCAAGCGGCAGCAGCAGCAUCGCCCGGAAACCAACGGCACUCUCCCGGGGCUCGCCCCCGCCCCCUCGCCGGCCCCCUCCCGUCAGCGCCCGGUCCACCCGUCCCCCUCCUCCUCGUCCUCGUCGUCCUCCUUGUCCGCCCGCGGCAUGAAACGGGCGCGCUGGCUCAGCUCCAGCGCCUCCAACAUCUACUUCAACUCCAUCCUGGACGGACGCUUCAGGCAGCUGCAAGACGAGCGCGAGGCGGUCCAGAAGAAGACGUUCACCAAAUGGGUCAACUCCAUCCUGUCUCGGCUCAGCUGCCGCAUCUGCGACCUCUACUUGGACCUGCGUGACGGACGGAUGCUCAUCAAGCUCCUGGAGAUCUUGUCUGGCGAACGGCUGCCCAAACCCACCAAGGGCAGGAUGCGCAUCCACUGUCUGGAGAAUGUGGACAAGGCACUGCAGUUCCUCAAGGAGCAGCGCGUCCACCUGGAGAAUAUGGGCUCGCACGACAUCGUCGACGGCAACCACCGCCUCAUCCUCGGCCUCAUCUGGACGAUCAUCCUCCGCUUCCAGAUCCAAGACAUCGUCGUGGAGACCGGCCAGGCCGACCAGAAGGAGACGCGCUCGGCCAAGGACGCUCUUCUUCUGUGGUGUCAGAUGAAGACGGCGGGUUAUUCCAGCGUGAACAUCACAAACUUCACCACAAGUUGGAAAGACGGCAUGGCCUUCAAUGCGCUCAUACACAAACACCGACCAGAUCUGGUGGACUUCAACCAGCUGAAGAGGUCCAACCCGACGCACAACCUCCAGAACGCCUUCAACGUGGCCGAGAAGCAGCUGGGCGUCACCAAGCUUUUGGACCCGGAGGACGUGUUCACGGAGAACCCGGACGAGAAGUCCAUCAUCACGUACGUGGUGGCCUUCUACCACUAUUUCUCCAAGAUGAAGCAGCUGGCCGUGGAGGGCAAGCGGGUGGGCAAAGUCCUGGACCACUCCAUCGCCACGGAGAAGAUGGUGAACAAGUACGAGACUUUGGCGUCGGAGCUGCUGGCCUGGAUCGAGCAGACCGUCCUGGUGCUCAACAACCGCAAACUGGCCAACUCGCUGUCGGGCGUCCAGCAGCAGCUGCAGGCCUUCAACACCUACCGGACAGUGGAGAAGCCGCCCAAGUUCCAGGAGAAAGGCAACCUGGAGGUGCUGCUCUUUACCAUCCAGAGUCGCAUGAGGACCAACAACCAGAGGGUCUACACGCCCAAAGAGGGAGCGCUGGUCGCCGAUAUCAACAGGGCCUGGGAGCGACUGGAGCGCGCCGAGCACGAGCGCGAGCGAGUACUGAGGGACGAGCUGAUUCGCCAGGAGAAGCUGGAGCAGAUGGCGAGACGAUUUGACCGCAAGGCAGCCAUGAGGGAGACGUGGCUUCUGGAGAACCAGCGAUUGGUAGCUCAGGACAACUUCGGUUACGACCUUUCGGCGGUGGAGGCGGCCAAGAAGAAGCACGACGCCAUCGAGACGGACAUCGCAGCCUAUGAGGAGCGUGUCCAGGCCCUGGUGGACAUCUCCGGAGAGCUGGAGGCCGAGCGCUAUCACGACGCCAAGAGGGUGGACGCCCGCAAGGACAACGUCCUGCGCCUGUGGGACUACCUGCAGGAGCUGCUGAAGGCCCGCCGGGGGCGUCUGGACAAGAACCUGACGCUACAGAGGAUCUUCCAGGAGAUGCUCUACAUCAUCGGCUGGAUGGAUGACAUGAAGGUUCGUCUGCUGUCUCCUGACAUUGGGAAACAUUUGUUGGAAGUGGAAGACUUGUUACAGAAACACGCUUUACUGGAGAACGACACCGCCCUGCAAGCAGACCGCGUCCAGAACGCCAGUGCUGCUGCCCUCACAUUUGCCAACGGAGAGAGUUACAAGCCGUGCGAUCCUCAGGUGAUCCGAGAUCGGGUGGAGCACCUGGAGCUCUGCUACCAAGAGCUCCGGGCCCUGGCCGUCCAGCGCCGGGCCCAGCUGACGCAGUCUCGUCGCUUCUGGAGCUUCUUGUGGGAGGCGGCGGAGCUGGAGAGCUGGAUCAAGGAGAAGGAGAACAUCUUCUCCUCGUUGGACUACGGCAAGGACCUGACCAGCGUGCUGCUUCUCCAGAGCAAGCACAAAGCCUUUGAGGACGAGCUGGGUGCCCGCCAAGUCAACCUGCGACAGGUUCUAACCGAGGGCGGCGAGAUGAUCCGGGACGACCACUUCGGUUCGCCGAAGAUCCGAGAGUGCACGGAUGGCGUCGAGAGGCAAUGGCGGCAGCUGGAGGAUCUGGCGGCCUUCCGGAAACAGAACCUCCAGGACACGCAGAGGUUUUUCCAGUUCCAAGGGGACGCCGACGAACUCACGGCCUGGCUGCUGGACGCCAAGCGGCAGAUGAGCGGCGACGACGCAGGUCACGACGAGUACACCACCCGGCGGCUCCUGCGACGCCACGACGACCUCCGUAACGAGACGGGCAAGACGGCCGCCGCCGUGGACGCGCUGUCCAGCCAGGCCAACGCGUUGCCCGAGGAGCUGCUGAACACGCCCGACAUCCAGCGUCGCCUCAAAGACAUCAAGGACCUCUUCAUGGAGCUCAUGUCUCUGGCCGACGUCAGGCAGAAGAAGCUGGAUGACGCCAUGGCGCUGUACACCAUCUUCAGCGAGACGGACGCCUGCGAGCUCUGGAUGGGCCAGAAGGAGACUUGGCUGGUGGAUUUGGAGGUGCCCGACAAGCUGGAAGACCUGGAAGUGGUCCAGAAUAGGUUGAGCAUUCUGGCUCAGGAUAUGGCAAAUGUUCAGUCGAGAGUGGAUGAAGUCAAUAAGGCGGUCAAACAACUGGAGGACAGCAGACACCCUCGCAUCAAAGAGGUCAAGGAAUGCCAGAUGAGACUGAAUAAAAGGUGGGCCGCCUUCAAGGCCACGGUGGACGACAAGAAGAGGAAGGUGGACUCUGCGGUAAGCCUGCACAACUACGGACUGGAGUGCGACGAGACUGCAGCAUGGAUCCGUGACAAGACGCGCGUCAUCGAGUCCACGCAGGACCUGGGCAACGACCUGGCCGCCGUCAUGACCAUCCAGAGGAAGCUGUACGGCAUGGAGCGCGACUUGGCCGCCAUCGACUCCAAACUCGAUCUCCUGAGGGCCGACGCCGACCGGUUGGCGACGGAGCAACCGGAGAACGCGCCCGGCAUCCUCGACCGCCGGGCCGAGCUGGACGCGGCCUGGGACGAGCUCCAAAAGACCCUGAAAGACCGCGAGGACUCGUUGGGUGAAGUCAGUAAGCUGCAGAUAUUCCUGCAGGACCUGGACGACUUCCAGUCCUGGCUUUUCAGAGCUCAGAAGGCCGUGGCCUCGGAGGAGAUGCCCGCCUCGCUGCCCGAGGCUGAGGAGCAGCUGAGCCUCCAUGACGCCGUGCGCGACGACAUCGACAACCACGAGGAGGACUAUCGCGGCAUCAAGGACACCGGUGCGCGGGUCACCAGCGGUCAAGAGAACGACCCCCAGUACUGGGAGCUGGAGCAGACGCUCGGUGGUCUGGACCGAGGCUGGUACGAGCUCCAGAAGAUGUGGGACCGACGCAAGACCUUCUUGGAGCAGGGCUUGGGCUUCCAGCAGUUCUUAAGGGACGGCAAGGCGGUCGAGGCCAUCCUCAACAACCAGGAGUACACGCUGGCCCACGUGGACAAGCCCGACACGCUGGCCGGGGCCGAGCAGGCCCUGAAGAACCACGAGGGCUUCGUCAGCACCAUGGAAGCCAAUGAGGACAAGAUCGAUGGCGCCCUCCAGGCGGGCAGGCGGCUGGUGGACGACGACAACUUGUAUGCGGGGAAAGUGCAAGACAAAACGGAGUCCAUCGGUGACCGGCACAACAAAAACAAAGCGAGAGCCCGGGAGGUGUCGGAGAAGCUGCGAGACAACCGAGACCUGCAGCACUUCUUACAGAACGCUCAAGAUCUGACUCUGUGGAUCAACGAGAAGAUGCUGACCGCUCAGGACACGUCGUACGACGAGGCCCGGAACCUGCACAGCAAGUGGCUGAAGCAUCAGGCCUUCAUGGCCGAGUUGGCCUCCAACAAGGACUGGCUGGACAAAGUGGACCAGGAGGGCCAGGAGCUGACGGCUUCCAAGCCCGAGUCGGAACCGGUGGUGCGGGAGCGCCUGGCCGCCGUCCACCAGUUGUGGGAUAUGUUGGAGUCCACCACGCAGGAGAAGGCCCGGCUGCUGUUCGACGCCAACCGCUCUGAGCUUUUGGACCAGAGCCUGGCCGAUAUCAGGAAGUGGCUGGGCGAGCUGCGGCAGCAGCUGCAGAGCGCCGGCGGCGAAGACGUCAGGGACCUGACAAACGCGAACAUCCUGCUGAAGAAACACCAGGCGAUGGAGAACCAAGUACGUGAUCGCGCCCGGGAGCUGGAGGAGCUCCAGGAGGCUCUCAGGACGCACGGCGGCGGCGGGCGGGACGAACGGGACGAAGAGCUGGAACAGCAGAGUCUCCAGGCGCAGUUCCAGCAGCUGACGGCACCCCUGGCCCAGCGCAGGGGCAAGCUGGAGGAGGCCAGGGCCGUGCACCAGUUCUACAGGGAUCUGGCUGACGAGCUGCUGUGGAUUGAAGAGAGAAUGCCGCUGGCGCUGUUGCAAGAUCACGGCAGCGACCUGCAAACUGUGCAGAUGCUGCUCAAGAGGAACGGGACGCUGCAGAGAGAAAUCGAGGGCCACGAGCCCCGCGUGGACGAGGUGCUGGAGCGAGGACGCAGGAUGGCGGCGGCGGCGGCGGCGGGCGACGAGGGGCCGGGAGGUCCCGAGGCCGGGCGGCUCGCCGGGCAGCUGCGCGAGCUGGAGGAGGCGUGGGCGCGGCUGCGGGCGCAGAUGACCCGCCGGAAGGAGAGGCUGGACGCGUCGCGCUGGGCGGAGCAGUUCUGCAACGACGCCGACGAGGCCCAAGCGUGGAUUGGCGAGCAGGAGCUCUACAUGAUCGCUGAGGAAAAGCCCAAGGACGAGCAGAGCGCCGUGUUGAGUCUGAAGCGUCACAACAUCGCCAAGCAGGCCGUGGACGACUACGCCGACUCCAUCCGCAAUCUGUCACAGCGAGCUCAGAACAUGUUGACGGAGGAACAUCCCGACGGCGAGAAGAUCAUCCGGCGUCAGGGCCAAGUGGACAAGCAGUACGCCGGGCUGAGCGAGCUGGCCGAGGACCGGCGCAGGAAGCUGGAGCACGCGUGCCGCCAUUUCCUGCUCAGCCGCGAGGCGGACGACCUGGAGCAGUGGAUCUCCGAGCUCGACGUGGCCGCGUCCUCGCAGGAGAUGGGCCAGGACCUGGACCACGUCACGCUUCUGAGGGACAAGUUCCGCGAGUUUGCGCGUGAGACGGGCGCGCAGGGUCAGGAGCGCGUGGACGCCGUCAACCGGACCAUCGACGAGCUGAUCGAGGCGGGCCACGGCGAGGCGGUGGCCGUGGCCGAGUGGAAGGACGCCAUCAACGAGAGCUGGGCCGACCUCCUGGAGCUCAUCGACACGCGCGCUCAGCUGCUCAACGCCUCCUACGAGCUGCUCAAGUACUUUGACGACGCCAAGGAGCUGGUGGUCCAGAUCCAGGACAAGCAGAAAGAGCUUCCCGAAGACGUGGGCGAGGACUUCAGCAAAGCCGAAACCUUCCACAGGAUGCACGCCGCCUUCGAACGCGACAUAACAUCCCUGGGAAAGCAGGUCGAGCAGCUCCAGGAGACGGCGGCGAGGCUGCGAGCUCAGUACGCCGGCGAGCGGGUCGACGCCAUCCAGGCGCAGGAGCGAGCGGCCGCCGAGGCCUGGAAAGCUUUGCUGGACGCCUGCGACGGGCGCCGCAGGCGACUGCUGGACACGGCCCGCAAGUUCCGCUUCUUCGCCAUGGCGCGAGACCUCACGGCCUGGAUGGAGAGCGUCGCGCGGCAGAUCGACACCCAGGAGAAGCCGCGGGACGUGUCCUCGGUGGAGCUUCUGCAGAAGUAUCAUCAGGGCAUCCGCUCUGAGAUCGAGGCGCGGGGCGUCAAGUUCACGGAAUGCAGCGACGCGGGCGCGGCCCUGCUGGCGCGCGAGCACCGAGACUCGGCCGAGAUCCGAGAGAAGAUGACGCAGCUGCGGGACAAACGUGAGGAGAUGAUGCUCCAGUGGGACGACCGUUGGGACUGGCUGCGACUUUUGUUGGAGGUGUGCCAGUUUGCACGCGACGCCUCGGUGGCCGAGGCCUGGCUGGCGGCUCAGGAGCCGUACGUCGGCAGCGAGGAGCUCGGCCGGUCGCUGGGCGACGUGGAGAAGCUGCUCAAGCGGCACGAGGCCUUCGAGAAGUCCACCGCCGCCUGGGAGGAGCGCUUCUCGGCCCUGGAACGCCUCACCACCUUGGAGCUGUUGGAGCUGAGGAAGCAGCAGCAGCAGGAGGAGAUGGAGCGAUUGGAACGAGAACAGCAGCGCUACCAUCAAGAAAGCAGGAGAGACGAUACUGGCUUCACUGAAUCUUCGCAACUCUUCACGGUGGAGGAAGAAACUGUGUCCGGAGCGGUCGAGCCCAGUUCGGGCAUCCCCGAGGCGGCGUCGCCCGCCGGGUCUGAGAUGAAGGGGAGCGGCUCGCCGGGGUUGGAGGCGUCCAUCUCGGCGGCGGCGGCCGAGGAGCCCCCCGAGGCGCCGCGUGCUUGGACGGUGCUGCAGGAGGGCAUGCUGGGACGCAAGCACGACGUGGGGGGUUCUGGGAAGAAGGCCUCCAAUAGAUGUGCGCGGAGGUCGUGGAACAACCUGUACUGCGUUCUGAGACCCGGUCAGCUGUCGGCCUACAAAGACGCCAAAAGCUCCGCCCACGGCGCCACGUUUCACAGCGAGGAACCGCUGCCCCUGGGCAACGCCAGCUGGGAGCUGCUGACCAACUACAAGAAGAAGAAGCACGUGGCCAAACUACGUCUUGCGGAUGGCAGUGAAUAUUUGUUCCAGUGUAAAGAUGAGGAGGACCUGCAACAUUGGAGCCAGGCCAUGGCGAGGGCCCUUCAAUCGCCCGCGGACGAAGAACAGGCGGCGGACGGGGAGCCGUCCUCGGCGGCCAGAACCCAAAGUCUGCCCCCGCCGGCCUCCGCCUCCAAGAAAGACAAGGAGAAGAAGUUCAGCCGCUUUGCCAAGAAGAAGUGAGAGGCCUCGGGGUUGGCGGGCACCACCGUGGCAACCUGGCACAUCGCUCGUGCGUCCGAUCAGUCAAGAGCUGUUUUACAUCAUAUAUCAACAUUGGUUCUUCCGCUUGUAUUUAACACACAAAUGUUGCUUUUUUUUUUAAUGAAAUCACAGCAAUGCUCUUUUUACACUCAACCAAAGAAUUGUUUUUAUCUUUGCAAGUUUCUUCACGUGCCUCACACAAUGGUUGUGAACUGGAGAAGUCUACCACUUUUAUUUGAAUACAGGUUCAGGCUCCGCACUUGUGCUCAACUACAAAAGGCCAGACUCUAGAAAGAAACGUAUAGUGAGGAAUAGACAGAAGAAUGUUUUUCUUGGGGAAAAAAUUCAACUUUGCUGCAAUGGGAAUUGUUUUAUGUCAAAAUAUAAUAGAUUAAUAAUUUUCUCACUCGAAAACAGUGAUUUUUCUUUUCAUAAUUGAUAAAAAAAAAAAUUAAAAAUUACAAAUACAACUCAAUACAUGAUUUUACUUUUUUGAAAAAUUUAAGAGUAUUUAGCUUUAACUUAUUUUCUCCAUAAUGACAAGAUUGCAUCAAGAUUCAACUUUUCUGAAAUAAUAAAAAAAAAGAUUGUAGUAAUACUUAAUUACAAUAAAUUUAUGAUGAGAAUAAAUUUUCGCAAUAAAGUUGAAAAAAAUUACAAACAUAUCCAACAAAAUUAUUCAAAAAAUAAAUCUGUCCUGGAAAAUACAGGACUGUUGACCAAGAUUACAACUUGAUAAAGGGAGAGGAGAAAAAAAAACGUUUACUACUUUACUAAUUUUGGCUUGAAAAAAAAAAAAGCUGUCCACUAAUACAUUUAAGUCCUAAUGUUGCAGGAAAAACUGAUGUAAUUUGCGAGAACUUUGUUUUUUUACAGAAAAAGGUCAUAGGCAUAAAGUCUUAUUUUUUCUAGUAUCAGACUGGUGGGAGUUUUGACAUUUGCUACAAUUACAACUUUAUUCUGGAAUUUUCUUUUUCUUGUACAACAAAAAUCAAACUUGAUUUUCAUGUGUUCCCCAAUACUCCUACGACAGUGGCAGUAUUCUGGCACCAUUGCAUGACAUGAACCAGAUGUUGAAUAUGUUUGUUAUUUGGUGCUAUUGUGAGGCCGACCACUCCGCUUUUUCGAAUGCUCUGUUUGCAGUUUCUUGAGGAAAUGUAAUUGCAAAGUAUUUAUUUGUCAUUCAUGUUUGAAGUCACACCGAGCUCAGAGCCACAAUGGUUGCUGAAGCUUCUCUGUUCACCUGGGAAUGUUUUUAUUUUUUUUUUAUUUGGGGGUUUAAAAAUUCUACAUUAAGCAUUUGUUUGGAAAACACCAAUCAAGCUCAUCUAAUCUGUCUUUUGUAUUCAUUGUGUGAUGACAGGAAAUAGUUAAGUGACCUAUUGACUUUUGUUUGCGAGGUUCCUGUGCUUGUGGAUGAAAUUAAAAUGAAUUGAGCAGAUGA